AUGGUACCAAGUCUCAUCAGAAGGCUCGGGGCCUUAUCAUUACUACUCAGCUCUAUCAUAGCUUCCCCGCUAUCUAAGCCCGAGUAUUUGAAAUCUCGAGCAGGUACACUUGCUAUCACAGGUGUUCAAGAUGGUGGUUUACAGCCCCGUCUUGAGAUUCGAUCACUUGCCGCUGACUCUACUCAAUGGAACUUAUUUUUGUUAGCUAUGAUAGCAUAUCAAGGUACCGAUCAGAGUGAAUUGUCGUCUUUCUACCAAAUUGCAGGUAUUCACGGUUACCCCUUGAAGCCCUGGGACGGAGUUCAAGCUGUAGGAGCUGGAACCAGUGGGUAUUGUACUCAUGGAUCCAAUCUUUUUGGUCCUUGGCAUAGACCCUACCUUGCAUUACACGAGCAACAAGUACAUGCCUGGGGUGUCAAAAUUGCGCAAGAAUUCACCGGUAGCAACUCAGAAGCAUAUCAUCAGGCAUCUCUGGCUCUCAGAAUGCCAUAUUGGGACUGGGCUGCCAACCCUGCAAAUAAUGGACCCAUCCUCCCUAAUGUCUUAAGUAACCCAACCGCUUUUGUUACGUAUCCCAAUGGUAGUACUGCAACAGUGCCCAAUCCAUUGUUCUCUUACAGCUUUCAUCCCUUGAUACCAAGCGAUCUUCGAAAUUCUGCUCCAUUCAACACGUGGAAAAACACACUUCGGUGGCCAACAUCAAACAAUGCCGACGCCACAAGUCAAAAUAACCUCGCGGAAGAGCAAUUUGAGGCCAACUUACCAAAUUUCAGAACACAAAUCAUGACUCUCUUUGCAAAUUGGCAACCAUAUAACCGAUUCAGCAACAAGGGAUCCGGUAGCUCUGGCUUCGGCAACAUUGAAUCGAUUCAUGAUACUGUUCAUACGUUGACCGGAGGCUUUAUCUUUUCUGGUCACAUGUCCAUUGUUCCAGUCGCUGCAUUCGAUCCAAUCUUCUGGUUUCACCAUGCAAAUAUCGACAGAUUAAUUGCCCUUUGGCAAGCUGUAUAUCCCAAUACAUAUGUCGAACCAACACAGCAGAGAGCAGGCACAUUCACCAUUCAAAUGGGCUCUACUCAAGAUCAAAACUCUCCUUUGACUCCAUUCCAUCGAGAUACGAGUGGCAACUUCUUCUCCUCCGCCGAUGUGCGCAACGUCGAAAGGCUUGGCUAUUCCUACCCUGAGAUCAUCAAUCAUCCCGACAACACUACUCUCCAACGAAACAUUGCUGCACUUUAUACCAGUCCCCCAGCCAGCUUCAAGAAACGACAAGUAGCCACCACAACCUCACUUCUACGCGACUACCUAGUGAAGAUUGAUUUACCGUGGACAGCUCUCAACGGUACUUACAGUGUCGGAGUGUUUCUCGGCAAGAGCUCUGCCAAACCUGAUGAGUGGGCGAAAGAUCCCGCAUACGUUGGUAUGCACGCUACACUUGGGACACAGAGCAUGACACCCAAUGAUGUUAUCGCCUCAAGCAAUGUGCAUCUCACCGAUGCUCUCAUCAAAAAGCAUGAUGAAGGUGUUCUGCCAGAUCUCAAUGAAGAUACUAUUAUUAAUUAUUUGACUGCUAAUCUAGAGUGGAAGGCUCAACAAGACGGCAUUGAGAUUGAUAUUAGUACCCUGGCUGGUGCGGUGGUGACAACAGAGUCAAUCGAGGUUGCUGCCCCUGAUGCUUUGGGUACUUUUUCGAAUUAUAAGUGGGUAGGAGAUUUCAAGAGCUACCCGGGUGUGUUUGAUGCCCUUGGGAUUUAA